CAACCGGCAUGGCAGCAUGAGUGUUUUGCAUUUUUGAGUAAACACGUGCAGUUUUGGAAAAAGGCAUUUUUUAUUAAACGGAGAUGUCAAGUGGUAUGAUGGAUAGGACUCGUAGGUUGUCGUUGAGUCUGUCCAAUUUUAGCAAAAUGAACGAGCAGUUCCGUGUUGUUUUCGAGCAUGUUUCAAAGAAUAUUCAAUUAAAAUCUGAGAAUAAAGAAGAUUAUUUAUUGAAUUAUAUUGCGCUGGAGCUGCUAGUUAUACCACAGUAUUAUGACACAAUUCAGCAAUACUUCUCUGAAGAGUUUACAUUGCUUGUAGACAAAGCUGUGAAUUGCAAAGAAAUUAGUAAUUGUAGACAUAUAUUGAAUUGCAUCUUGUUGGGAAAUGUCGUGAAGAACCGAAACGAUUUACAAGGCUAUGCAUUGAGGUAUUUUAGUGCCCAUCCGUCACCUUUCGAAAUAAGGGAAGACCAAACAUCAAAAAGAAGAAAGAUGCAACAAAACAUAAAUAUUGAAGAUAUUGAUAUAGUGGAAACUUCUCUAUUUUUAUUGAGGAGCAAUCCAGAUUUUUAUAGAGCUAAGUGGAACUGGUCUUCAUUUAUUAAGAAGUUUUUCAAUCAUAAAGAGGCUAAAGUUAUAUGGAUUGCAUGCCAUACAUUAGCGGUUUUAUUUGGAAUGAAUGAGUAUCAGUUGAAUAAUGUUAUACUGUCCAAAAUUUCAGAAGAACUUCAUAGAAAUUACUCAUACUUGUUUUACACAAAUCAAACUCUGAAAGAGGGUGAUGUUGCACCUCCAGGUAUAGAUCAAUCUCCAGUAGUACCAAAGCAGCAGAUUCAAUCAAAAGUUGUGAAUGUAUCAGGGAUCUACAUUCCUAGUUUUCAUACUUCAGUAGACUAUGAACAAAACUUAGUUGUGGUUCACUCCACUUACAAUAACCUGAGGAAAAUAGCAUUAGGACUGGCUUCAGGGAAAGCUAUCAUGCUUCAGGGCUCUGUAGGCUCAGGCAAAACCUGUCUAGUGGAAUAUUUGGCUGCAAAGACUGGGAGGAAACUAGGAGAGAAUUUCUUGAAGAUACAGUUGGGGGAUGAAACUGAUAGCAAAAUGUUACUUGGUACUUAUAGAUGCACAGAUGUACCAGGAGAAUUUGUUUGGCAACCAGGAGUUUUGACACAGGCUGUAGUAGAAGGAAGUUGGUUACUCCUAGAAGACAUAGAUUCAGCUAGCAUGGAUAUAGCUUCAAUUAUAACUAGCUUAUUGGAGAAUGGGUGUUUGACUGUGCCUGGUUAUAAAGAUUCAGUACCAAUCACACCUGGUUUCCAACUAUUUCUAACACAGAGGCUAAUCCCAACUCUAUCUGGUUAUCACAAAAAGCACUCAAACACUAUGACUCUCUUGGGGAAGAGUGCUUUUCUAAUAACAGUUGAUCCUCUAUCAUCAAGUGAGCUGAAGCAAAUUUUAGAUAGCCAGUUCCCUCAAUUCAAAACGAUAGCUGAUCGGAUGAUCAGCGUUUUUUUAUUAUUUGUUCCAAAGACUCUGGAUGGUGAUGGUGGACAGAUUUCUGUGCCCAGAAGUGGAAGGCUUAUAUCUACUAGGGAUUUUUUCAAAUGGUGUUCUAGGGCUGUUAUUGAUUUUGAUGUCCAGAGUCAGGCUAGUGCGCUAAAAGUUUUACAGGAUGCAAUUGAUGUUUUUUGCUGUUCAUUCUCAAAUACAAAUGAGGCAUUGGAAUUAGCAAAGCAGAUCAGCACUAAUUUGGGUAUAGUCAAUCAAAAAGCAGAGUAUUUUUUCAAGACAUACAAGCCUGCAAUGCAUUUAACCACGGAUAGUUUAGUGGCAGGUCGAGUGAUGUUGAAAAAAGAAAACAAUGAGUAUACCAGACAGACAAAAUACUCAUUCACAAGGCCAUCUGCUGUUCUACUAGAGAGGAUCAUGUGUUGUGUCAGUCUCAGGGAGCCUGUUUUAUUGGUGGGCGAGACCGGUACAGGAAAAACAUCGUGCGUGCAGUUUUUGGCACACACACUUGGAAAAAGGUUGAUUGUGAUAAACAUGAACCAACAGUCUGACUCAGCUGAUUUGCUGGGAGGGUUCAAACCGGUUGAUUUGAAAUAUGUCAUUGCGCCAGUGCGUAGGGAAUUCGAAGCUGUUUUUUCAGACUAUUUCAAGGUUGAACCUAACAGAAAGUAUUUAGCAAACAUUGCACUUUGUUUUAACAGCCAAAGAUGGGGCGAUCUUCUGAAGUUAAUAAACAAAAGCUAUGAAGCAGCUUUAAGUCGCUUAACUAAAUCCAUCCAAGACUUUGAAGCAAAUAAAGUUCAAGAUCACGAAAAGCGCAAACAGUAUGAAAAAAAUAAAACGUUCCUAGAAAGAUGGCAAUGUUUAGGUGAAAAACUGCACAAGUUGGGGGUACAGUUGAAACAGAAAAGCGCCUUAGCAUUUGCGUUUAUAGAAGGCAGCUUAGUCAAAGCUGUUGAGAAUGGGUACUGGGUGUUACUGGAUGAAAUUAAUUUGGCAAAUGCAGAAACGCUGGAAUGUUUGUCAGGAUUGUUGGAGGGCUCUGAAGGAUCGCUAUGCUUACUCGAAAGAGGUGACAAGAAACCUGUUAAAAGACAUCCAGACUUCACCUUGUUUGCUUGCAUGAACCCCUCAACAGACGUAGGGAAGAAGGACCUGCCGGCAGGUCUUAGAAACAGAUUCACAGAGUUCUUUGUGGAUGAAUUAAAUGAGAAAGGCGAUCUUACGCUUUUAGUUAAUAACUACUUAGAGGCGAUGUCCUUAAAACAAAAAGAGUUGAAGAAUAUUGUUGACUUUUACGUUCAAAUAAAAAAGCAAAUGGUUACGAGUCUAUCGGAUGGUUUGGGACACAAACCCCAUUUUUCUUUGAGAUCAUUGUGCAGAGCUUUGAUGAUAGCAUCGAAGAAUCCAUGUGGAAUGUUCAAGAGAAGUCUGUAUGAAGCGUUUUGUCUCAGUUUCCUUACUCAGUUGGACAACGAAUCAUACCAAGCGGUCGAGAAGCUGAUAUCUAGCUACUUAAUAGGAGAUGAAAAAGCAGUGAAGGCUGUGCUGAAGCAGCCUAUUCCAGGCCCUAAAGCCUCCAAAAAUGAGGAAUACAUACAAUUUGAGGGUUAUUGGAUCAAAAAAGGUUCUCCAGACGUAAAUCCACCUGAUAACUAUAUACUGACUGAAUCAGUGAGAAAAAAUUUAAAGGAUCUCGUAAGAGUUGUGUCUAUUGGAAAGCUUCCAGUACUAUUGCAGGGUGAUACCUCGGUUGGAAAAACGAGUCUUAUAAUGUAUUUAGCGAAAGCUAGUGGCAAUAAAUGUGUGAGAAUCAACAACCAUGAACAUACAGAUCUUCAAGAAUAUAUUGGUUCUUAUGUGGUAGAUGCAGAUGGUAGAUUGGUUUUUAGAGAAGGAGUUUUAGUUGAAGCUAUGCGAAAAGGUUACUGGAUAAUCCUGGACGAACUCAAUCUGGCUCCAACUGACGUCCUGGAAGCCUUGAACCGAGUCCUUGAUGACAAUAGAGAGCUGUUUAUACCGGAAACGCAACAAACAGUGCGAGCUGAUCCCAACUUUAUGUUAUUCGCUACGCAGAAUCCACCAGGUGCUUAUGGUGGUAGGAAAAUGCUUUCCAGGGCUUUCAGGAACAGAUUCGUGGAGUUGCAUUUCAAUGAGAUCCCUCCCAGGGAAUUGGAGGUGAUUCUGCAUCAAAGGUGUCAAAUGUCACCAAGCUAUGCUAAGAAGAUGAUAGCUGUCAUGACAGAUCUGCAGACUAGGAGAAGGGGAUCUGCAGCUUUUGCAGGCAAACAAGGCUUCAUAACCUUGAGAGACCUAUUCAGAUGGGGCGAACGUUACAGACUAGCCCAAAAUACUGACAAACUUUAUGAUUGGGAUCAGCAUUUGGCCGAUGAAGGGUAUUUGGUGCUUGCAGGGAGAGUUAGGAAGCCUGAAGAGAAACUGGAAAUCAUCGAUGUACUGAAAAAGCAUCUUAAGAGAGAAGUGGUACCUGAACAUCUCUUUACGUUGUCUGAACGUUCGUCGACUGUAACUAAAAAAAUCCUUGAGAAGAUCCACGUCAAUCAACACCGGCAUCCAAACAUUGUUUGGACAUACAACAUGCGUCAAUUGGCAGUGUUAGUCGGUAAAGCACUCCAAUUUAAAGAGCCUGUUUUAUUGGUAGGUGAAACAGGUGGCGGGAAGACCACAGUCUGCCAGUUGAUAGCUGAUUAUAAUGGACAAGAGUUGGUAACUGUCAACUGUCACAUGCAUACAGAAAGUGGCGAUUUCAUUGGAGGUUUGAGACCUGUUCGGGACCAUUCGGCUGAAGAUGCUACGAAAUUGUUUGAAUGGUCAGACGGUCCUUUGGUCAAAGCAAUGCUUCAAGGAAACCUAUUUCUAGCAGAUGAAAUAUCAUUAGCGGAUGACAGUGUUCUAGAACGCCUGAACUCUUUGCUAGAGCCUGAAAGGACACUUUUGGUAGCAGAAAAAUCCGUUGAUCUGUACAACACUGAAUCGUCUGAAACGGUAGUUGCCCAUGAGAAUUUCCAUUUUAUCGGUACGAUGAACCCAGGAGGAGAUUUCGGCAAAAAAGAACUGUCGCCUGCUCUUAGGAAUAGGUUCACAGAGAUCUGGUGUGAACCAUGCAGUAGAACAGAAGAUCUAAUAGCUGUAGCUGAGAAGAAUCUUAAGCAAGGCUUGGAUUUGGGGAACCAAGAAGAUGGUUCUACGGGAAUCGGAAAGAGGAUUGUAGAAUUUGUGGAGUGGUUUAGAAAAAAUGAAGUUGGAAAAAGAUUUACAGUUAGCAUUAGAGAUAUUUUGACCUGGGUAAAUUUCAUCAAUCAGUGCGCCAAUAAAAUAGAUGUCACUGAAGCUUACGUUCAUGGUGCUAGCCUGACAUUCUUGGAUAGUUUGGGCUCAGGCGUAACUAGUACUGAAAGCUCAAAGGACUUGGAAGCUUUUAGAUCCAGCUGUAUAAGUUUUCUUCUAGACCAAGUUCGACAUAUUUCCCCAACCGUAACACACCAAAUGGACAAAAUAAAGGUCGAGAAGACAAUAGAUUCAUUUGGAAUCAAACCAUUUUUCAUUAAGUCGUUAUCAUCAAAAGACGACGAUGUCGAUUUUGUGUUCAACGCAUCUACAACGGUUUAUAAUACAAUGAGGUUAUUGAGGGGGAUGCAGUUGAAUAAAGCUAUUUUGUUGGAAGGCAGUCCAGGUGUGGGAAAGACCAGUUUAGUGGCUGCGUUGGCAAAAUGUACCGGACAUGAGCUGUUUAGGGUGAAUCUUUCUGAUCAAACAGAUAUUUCUGAUCUGUUUGGUGCUGACCUGCCAGUGGAAGGAGGUAGUGGAGGUCAGUUCUCUUGGAGAGAUGGCCCUCUGCUUCAGGCUUUGAAGAACGGUAGCUGGAUUCUGCUCGAUGAAUUGAACCUGGCAUCUCAGUCAGUAUUGGAAGGCUUAAAUGCUUGCUUGGAUCAUAGAGGGGAAAUCUAUAUACCCGAGUUGGACAAAACGUUUCACAUAAAACCAGGUACAAAAUUCUUCGGCUGCCAAAAUCCAUUGAAGCAAGGCGGUUCUCGUCGAGGUCUACCAAGGUCUUUCCUGAACCGAUUUAUCCAGGUGUACGUCACACCACUGACAAAGGCAGAUUUGGAAUGCAUUCUUGAGGAUAAAUUCACAUCGAUACCCUCAGAAAUUCGUCCCAAAAUGAUCGAUUUCAAUACAAGAAUUGCUUCUGCUUUGGAUGGUCAUGAGUUUGGACAUCAGGGAUCUCCUUGGGAGUGCAACCUCCGUGACAUCUACCGAUGGUGUGAAGUGACAUCCUACCACUAUCAAACAACCGACACCCUUUCUCCAGAAAGUACUAUGCUUCUGAUCUACGGCGACCGAAUGCGUUGUCAAACGGACAAAGACCGAGUCGCGGACAUUUUCGAAUCGUGUUUCGGAAGGCGACCGCGCGGUUUCGCGAUAGUACCGUACGUGACAAAUGACAGAGUGCAUUUAGGUGACGUCAGUGUCGCGCGCGGUAAAGGGGGCGUGAACGAACACGUGUUGCGACAGGACAAGAGUUGCUUGGUGUUGAGGGGUCAGCUGGGUGUGCUGAGGAGUUUGGCGUAUUGUGUUAAUAUGGGCUGGAUGGCUAUACUGACCGGCAGCUCCGGCAGCGGGAAAAGCACGGCGGUGAAAACUUUGGCUAAUCUCAGCGGGAAACCUCUCAGAACUUUGCCGGUUUCCUCUGCGAUGGAUACGGCAGACCUGCUAGGCGGAUUUGAACAGGUGAGUGCAUCCACAAUUUCAUGAAUU